AUGGGAGGGCGGCGCCGAAGGGAUGAAUGGAAGAUGGACGAGGAGGGAGUGGGAGAGUUGGUUGGCAACAUCGUCUUCUUCUACGACCUCUACCUCGCCGCCGCCACUGAUAAGCUCGACGACGUGGACAUCAAGGCAGGUACAACUCCCGCCCAACACAGGUGGAGUGUCUUCCAGUGGGCCAGACAACUUAUCCGUGUGCUGCUUGAACACUUCGAGGGACACCUACAGACGCCGCUCCAAGGCAGCGAAAUGACGCCGACGCCCCCGCUAGCACCCUCGAGCCAGAGCAGCAGAGCAGUGUCAGGAGACACCGUUGCGUCGGCAAGCAUGAAUGAACAGCCCUCUGGUUCCAGCGAUGCGCCAAGACGGUCUUCGUCAAUGGAGGAGGAAACUGAAGCCCAGUCGCCGGCAGUUUCUCAACAUAGUGGAGACGCUGGCUGGGAAAUCGACUCCAACGGCUACAUCAUUGACGAUGCGGAGGAUGCUGCCCCCGAAGAAGUUGAGCCGUUCACGCCGGCCCAGCUCGCGAUCUACUCCCGGGUGACACUCGAGCCGGAAGGCAUCUGGAGAGAGGUUGACGCCGAUCAACCAGGCCGCCCCACCGCUUCGUCUUCUUCGGGUCAAGAGGGGGCGCCUCACACGUCGUCUACCGCGCCGGGUACAGCCGCCUCGUCACCUCAUACCUCACUGCUGACCACAGCCGCGACACCACCCACGACUGAGACCUCGACCUCCUGUGCCCCCUGGCUUUGGGGCCAGCCACCAUCACUGCCCAUGGAGACGUGCACCCUUACUUCGACGGGGGUGACUUGGGCAGUACCACAGCAAAUGAUGAUGGGGACGACUUCGCUGGAGACCUUCGCUGACAAUGUUGGGGAGAUCUUCAGUGAUGCCACGACCUUCGUGCAGCUUGGCUCGGAUGCCGUGUUCCUCGUGCCGGAGGACGAGCCGAAUGUGGACGCGGAGGUUAGGCUGGUGGAGAUGCUUGAUGGUGAGAAGUGGGAAGUACGAGGCUUCAACGAUGAGCCUUCCAGGGUGAAGUUCGAGCUGGCCGACAACAAGGACCUGAAGUUCAAUCAGAUGGAAUCUUUUGAGUCUGCCCUUAACGGUGCAGCACUUCAGCUGGGCUGGCUUGCGUCGCAGGAGCAGGAGGUGCUUGUCCAGAGCGAAGAGGACAAGGUCAUGGUGUACAAGCGGGGCAGAGUGCGAUUCUCGUUGUCGACCAGCGAUCCGAUCAAGAACGUUGCAGUGGCCCUCGGAGUGCAAUGGACCAGCGCAGACUCCAGUCCCAGAGACAGAGGCCAAGCAUUCCUUGCAAAGUUGGACUCCUUUCCCAUCAACCAAGAGGCAAUGUUUGAGCUGCAGCGACAUGGCUUCACUCAAACAAGAAGCCUGGUGCCUGACGGGAUGUUUCACGAUCGCUUCCCACAAGGAGCUCAAGUAAAUCGCUAUGAAUCCACGGUGGCUUAUGUCUAUACCCAGGGCUCUACCUUCGCCUUCAAAGCGAACAAGUUGUGCUUUGAGGAAAAUUGGGGUGAGCUGUUUAAGCAGUAUGGCCACAUCAUGAGGUGCUUGUGGAUGUACGUGGAGAAGAUGCAAGCCCGAUAUGGAUGUUCGCAGACGCUGUAUCGUGGCAUGCAGGGGUUGUGGGACGACUUUCAAUGUGAAUACCAAGUCGGAAGCUGUCUUGAAUGGCGAUCAUUCACGAGCACUUCGACAAACAAGAAUAUUGCUUUGGACUUCGCUCUUGGCAAGUACAGUGGAGGGAAUCAGUUUCCGAAGCGCCCAGUCCUCUUCGUCAUUCAAACAAAAUCGCGUGGCGCUCCUCUGUGCUCUUGGUCGAAGUAUCCUGACGAAGAUGAAGUUUUGCUAUUGCCUUUCCAGCGGUUUGUUGUGGAAGACAUUUCUGUGCAGCAUGGAAUCCUCAUCAUACAGCUCCAAACAGUUGCUCCUCCUCAACAGCAGAGGGCUUAUCAGGUCAUAGGCAACCGUGGCCUGGCAUACCGGUUCUCCCGCGACCUGAACGACAGAGACGAUGAACCAUCUGGACCGCGCUUUGGAAAUGUUUUCACUGGAAGGAGCGAGGGUCGAGAUUGGGUUGUGACAACCAUCCCCGGGCUAGGAGACAGGUUCCUGCCAAUCUCCAUCGAUGACCAGGUCAAGCUCAGAGAGGUCCCGAAAACACGCGAGAUUUCAGAGCUUUCGCAAAUCCAGUCUAUGACGCUUGGAGUGGUGGGGCGUGACGAUCAAAGUGAUACCUAUGACGCAUUACCCGCUUCUCCUUUGGAGGUGAUAAUGCGGGGGUGCUUCUUCUUCUUCUUGCUGAUCGCGUGCCUGCGUGAAAUGAUGCAGCGGUGA